CCUGUACACAGACACUAUACGAGCAUACCUUUCCCACCGGAACCAACCACCAAGGCUCCAAGGAGCACAAGAAUACAUCGGAGCCCCCACCAAGAAGAAAGAGACAUAUCAUAUAUACGAGUGAGACAAGCCCUCAGCUUCCGUGCUCUCCCGCGCCCACAAGCCGCAGACCGAUCAUCGUCGAGAACAAAUAAUUACUACGUCUCCAGAAACUGCCUCGAAGCUGCUCGUCUUUUGUUCCUUACCCCCUCCUCCUCACCUAGCUCUCUGCUCUCUCAGGUAACUCCACGCCCGCCUUGUUCUUUUGAGAAGAAGACGACCUUUGCAAAUUUGGCUCCAAAUAAUAUCUCACCCCCAUAAUACAUCUAAUUCCAUUUCGAACCCCAACCGAAUUGUACUUUUAAAUUGCGCCGUUUGUAGCUACGUACGUAAUCCCAAGUCUUUGCGUGUUUAUUGUUAAUCUGUCCGAUCAAUUCCGACUAGGGUUUCACUUGAAACCCUAGACCCAUUUUUCCCUUGGUUGCAAAGUGCUUGGAUUUUGGUGAUUAAUUGAUUCCAGAAAUUUAGGGUUAGAGGAGGAGGAGGAGGAGUAACAUGAGAGAACAACCGAAAGGGGUUUUGGGACCAAGAAAUUCCCUGUUUCGUGGGGGUUUCAAUGGAAUUUGUGCUCUGGUGUUGCUUUUCUUAUUCUACAAUCAGGAUGGUUUUCGGAGAAUUCCGUUUAUCGGGAAGUCGCCUUCAGCUCUUCCUCCUCAGUGGGGCGUGAACGUUGGUAGUUUUGAUGAUCGUGGUGAUGGGAUUGAGGUUAUUCGUCGGAUAAUUGCUCAAGUUAAUGUUAGUUCGUCGAAUUAUAGUAGCAUUCAUGUGGUUAAUGGGUCUGCUACAAAUAAUUUGACGGUCAAAGGUCCAAAAUUAUGUCGCGGAUUGUCCGAACACAAGGGCUACCAGAGCAAAUGCGAGUUUUUGAUUGCCCACCCGGCGUGUACAUCAGGUGGGUUUUUCAAUUACAUCGUGUUCUUUUAUUGUGAUUGUAAGAAUGCUAGUGUUUUGGGCUAUUUAAUUUUGGGGAUAUGGUUGGCUGCUUUGUUCUAUGUUUUGGGUAAUACUGCUGCGGAUUACUUUUGUUGUUCUUUGGAGAAGCUUUCAAGUCUCUUGAAGUUGCCAGCCACUGUUGCUGGAGUUUCCUUGCUUCCUUUGGGGAAUGGAGCUCCUGAUGUGUUUGCAAGCAUUGCUGCUUUUGUGGGUAAGGAUGCGGGCGAAGUGGGUCUGAAUAGUGUGCUGGGAGGAGCUGUCUUUGUUACUUGCAUUGUUGUGGGGACUAUAUCUCUUUGCGUGGCAGAGAGUAGGGUUCAGAUUGAUAGGAAAUGCUUUAUCAGAGAUAUAUGUUUCUUCCUCUUCAGUGUCAUGUCGCUUGCCAUCAUAUUGGCUGUUGGUAAGGUGACCGCUGCGGGUGCAAUAGCCUUCAUUUCAAUUUAUGUGGUUUAUGCAUUUGCGGUUGCUGCAAAUGAAAUUCUGAGAAAACAUGCUCGAAGGUUGAAGUUGGAUGCUGUCACACCAUUGCUUCCUGUUAGAGGAAGUAUCUUUUCUCAGGGUAGUGAAGAGGAUGAUUCUGUAUAUGCCUCACUACUUGAGUCUGACACCAGCAGUGAUGUGCCACACCUCCAAAGUAAGUUGCCUCAGUGGAUGUGGGCAUCAAAUGUGCAAUUCUACUCGAACCAGGGCGGAAAGGCUAGUUCAGAGAGUCCAAGGUCUUUGUGGGGUUGGAAUGAUGAGGAGACAGAGAACAAACAGUCUUCUUGUUCAUGUUCCAAGUUAUUAUCACUGCUGGAGAUGCCAUUGUCUCUCCCAAGACGGCUUACAAUACCUGUAGUUGAGGAGGAGCGGUGGUCAAAAGGGUAUGCUAUUGCAAGUGCUUCAUUUGCACCCAUUCUUCUGGCAUUUUUGUGGAACACUCAGGAUGAUGUGAGUUCUUUGAGUGGACAAAUUGCAUAUUUUAUUGGUAUUGUUUUUGGUGGUAUACUUGGGGUUCUUGCAUAUCUAUACACAAGACCUGAUCAGGCACCUCGCAAAUUUUUAUUUCCAUGGGUUUUGGGGGGAUUUUUUAUGAGUAUUAUCUGGUUCUACAUUGUUGCAAAUGAGCUUGUUGCUUUGCUGGUGGCAUUAGGCGUAAUUUUGGGAAUUAACCCAUCAAUCCUUGGAGUAACUGUAUUGGCAUGGGGAAAUUCAAUGGGUGAUUUGAUGUCAAAUGUUGCACUGGCGAUGAAUGGUGGAGAUGGAGUGCAGAUUGCCAUGUCAGGAUGCUUUGCGGGGCCUAUGUUCAACACGCUUGCUGGUUUGGGAAUAUCAAUGCUGCUUGGAGCCUGGUAUAGAAGACCUGAAUCAUACACAAUUCCCAGAGAUAGUAGCCUGUUUCUUACUAUGGGAUUUCUAAUGAUAGGACUUACUUGGUCACUUGUUGUAUUGCCAAGGAAUGAUAUGCGCCCUAACAAGAUGUUAGGAGUUGGCCUCAUAGCAAUCUAUCUGAUAUUUCUCUCCUUUAGAUUGAGCACAUCUAUGGGUGUUGUGUCAGUAGAGCUGUUUGGCAUUUGACAACUUUUGUAUUUGUCACCAGCUUAGUGAUAUGAUGAUUUCUGAACCUGAGAACA